AUGUCUUCGUACUUUGACAUCAACAAAAACUAUCCCUUCUAUGCAGCUUAUCACACCAAUAAGUGGAAUAAAGCCAUCCACAUGGUGUGCGUCCCUCUUAUCUAUUCUACAUCGUUGUUCUUACUAAGAAGAUACACUCCAGCUCUCUAUGGGAACAUUACUUUGGCCACCCUCGUCCACGCCUUCUACGUACUUAGCUUCUUGUACAUGGAUUUACCAGCAGCCUUCUUGUACACUCCCAUCAUGAUGGUCAUGUACAUAUGCUCUGCAUUUGUACCGUUAAGAUUCACGCCAGUUAUGUGGGCUAUAUUCGCAAUUUCCUGGAUACUGCAGUUCGUCGGUCAUGGCUUCUUCGAGCGUCGUAGGCCGGCUCUAGUUGACAACUUCUUCCAGUCUAUUCAUGCUGCUGUUUUCUUCGUAUGGCUGCAAGUUAUGUUUCGUGCUGGCUACAAACCCGACUUGGACGAUGAGCUUGUGAUGUUGACUAAAAAGGAGCUAGAGAGGGCUGGUGUGCAGGAGAAGAGGACCAGAAAAGGGGAUAAGAAGGAAUAA